GCGCACACUUUUCUUGGCGCCGAAUGGCUGAGCAUGGAAUUCUAUAGCCUUCGGAAGCAUUUCAUUUCCCCAACUGAUUUGGGAAGCAUUGGGAUUCGGGAAGUAUCAAAGGCAUAACAAUAAGGAGGCAAGAGGAAGAAUAACGGUUAGAUGAUGGUAAACUAAGCUGCUAGAUUUUAUGCUGCGUGGGAGCCCCGAUAAGUGUAUCGGGCCUGGGUGAGAGGCGGCUGGCCCUCCGUCGGCCCAGGAGCGUCGUCUGUCGAGGUCGGCGGGCCGAGUAGAGAGGACAGCGGAGCGGAGUACCGGCCACUGGAGGGGAUGCCGGCUGCCGCUGACGUGACGCUCCUACUGUUCGCCAAGGCUCGCGAGCUGGUCGGGUCUCCGCAGGUGUCCGUAUCAGUACCGACUGAGUGCAGCGGCGCCGAGCUGCGUGAGCUGCUGGUGCAGACCUACCCUCAGCUGGCUACGCUGCAGGGCACGUUCAUUUUGGCGGUGAACCAGAGGUACCUGGAGGCCGACGAGUCGGUGACGAUUCGACGCGGCGACGAGGUGGCCGUCAUACCGCCCAUCAGCGGAGGCUAAUCCGUAGACUGCCACGAUGGAUAUUUUGCGUCUGACGAACGAGCCCCUCUCACUGGAGUCAAUCAGCAAGGAGGUGGGCAGUGACGACUGUGGCGCCAUCUCCUCGUUCUGCGGCACAACUCGUAAUUCGUUCGAGGACCGCCAGGUGGUGCGGCUCGAGUAUGAGGCCUACGAGGAGAUGGCUGUUAGUGAGAUGAAGAAAAUUUGCGGCGCUUUGAGGGAAAAGUGGAGUCUGAAACAUAUCGCCAUUUAUCACAGGCUCGGUGUGGUGCCGGUCGGUGAGUCUUCCAUCAUCAUCGCCAUCAGCUCGUGCCACCGACGCGACUCGCUGGAGGCCGUGGCGCACGCCAUCGACGCCUUGAAGGCGCGCGUGCCCAUCUGGAAACGUGAGGUGUACGCCGAGGGGGGCGGCGCAGAGUGGAAACAGAACGCUGAGUGCCACUGGCGACAAAAAGCUAAGGGCAGCUGAGGUUGGGGUGGAGAGUUCGACACUAACGCUGAAAGGCACGGCGGGUGAUGGCACAGUAAAAUAUUGAAAGGAAACACUAGGGUGGGGAACGGCGACUGAAAUUGAUGGAUGGUAAUGUCAAUCAGGGUUUGUGUUCAUGGACGAUGAAUAUGUAUUUUAAGCAUUUGAAAGGUUAUAAAUAAGACCUUCAAAAUGUGUCACCAUUUGAAAGUUCCAGCUGGACAUGAAAACUUGUGAAGUGUCAUUAGAUGAUCCUGGUAAACGAUGAAGUCGAUGAUGCCGAUUUUCACCAAACACAGUCAGUAGAUCUAACUGAUAUCGUUUUGUGUAAGCAACAUGUGAGCGUCUUUUGAAUGCGCCCUAUGUUAUGAGGCAAGCUAUGGCGGCGAUUCUUCAGUUAUUCUGUUUUGUGACUUUGCUCUUGUUUGGUGCAUGCUGUCAUGGUGCAUCACUAGUACUUUCUAACGAAACUCACAGAAUGAAUAGAAGCAUGAAUAAUUCAAUUCGAGAAGUGCAAUUUCUUCCGAAUUUUAAUGAGUUUGUUGAAGGUGUAUGUGUGACCAUGUGUGUACCGGAUUGUAUCGUCUUUAAUUGAAUUGUAUAAUAUACCUUUAUUGUACAUGCACACGCACCAGCGAAAAGCUGAUAGACCGGAGAUGUCUGACGUACGGUAUUGUUAGUACGGUGUGGUAAAAUACGGAAUUAUGUUCACCUUCGGUGUAACUGUGUUUCUUAUAGAAUACACGCACACACGUGAUUCGAA